GUGUAUGGCCUUCGGGCCGAUCCCGCGCAUCGCCUUCCAUGCGAGGGACAUUAUAUUUUUAGACGCCACUGAUUUUUACAGAUAAACGUCGCCACCGAUGAAAGAACUUCUUAUGGAGAAUUAUGUCAACAGUCGAUGAAUUUCGCUAUAUCUCUAGCACACAUUGGUUUUAAAAAGGGACAAACUGUAGCUAUAUGCUCAGAAAACAGAUCGGAGUUUCUCAAAGUUAUUGUUGGAGUAGCCUGUGCUGGUGGAGUUAUCACAACUAUUAACCCAGCAUACGUGGAAGCUGAAAUGCAUCACGUGAUGAAAAUAUCUAAACCAAAAUACAUAGUGUGCUCACCAGACGCUUAUAAACAACACGCCAAAACGUUCAAAAGCUUACAGCAUGUACACAAAAUAAUAUUAUUUGGUAACGUUAAAGUAGCUGGCACUUUAUCGUAUAACGAUUUAACGAUACCGGCCAAUAACUUUAAAAAGGGUGAUGAUAUAUUUAAUGGUCAACUUAUGAGGAAUGUGGAUUAUGAAGAAUUUAAAGCUGUGGACGUGAAGGGACAGACAGACACACUUAUAAUAUUAUAUUCUUCUGGUACAACUGGAAUGCCUAAGGGAGUGAUGCUAACACAUCUUAAUGUCUUGACCGUAUGCUGUUUUGUAGGGCAGCUUGAAGCCAUCACCUCAUUAGAAAUCACUCCAUGGUUCCACACCAUGGGAUUGAUGGGUGCUUUAAGAGGACUGUCUUCGACCAAGACUAUUUUAUUUCUCCCAAAGUUCGAGGUUGACCUGUAUCUAAGAACUAUCGAAAAAUUCAAGGUAAGUAAACAAAAAAAAAAAGUUUAUUUUAAAUACUUACCAUACAACAGGCAGCAGCUAGUGAUUUUUAUGAGCUUUCAUAAGUUUUCUUUGUCAAAUAAGUUUCUUUUUUAAACAUUGAUACACGUUUCUUACA